UUUUUUUUCAUAUUCUCAACAGCAACAAAUGUCCACAUCGCCGUCAGUGAUUUCCGCCAGCCGUCAGAGCGUGCUUCAGCGCACAUUGGGCGUCCUCGGCGGCGGGCAGCUCGGUCGCAUGAUGGCCGACGCCGCUCACCGCCUGGGCGUCCGCAUUGUUGUUCUGGAUCCCACUCCCAACAGCCCAGCUGGACAAGCUGCGGACAAGCAGAUCGUCGGCGACUUUAAGAACGCAGAGUGCAUCGCCGAGCUCGCUGCAGAGUGCGACGUGCUGACGGUCGAGAUUGAGCACGUUAACGUGGACGCACUCGAGGCGUCGGCGGCCAAGUGCUCCAUCCAGCCAUCGCCAGCGACCAUCCGAAUCAUCCAGAACAAGUUCGUCCAGAAGCAGCACUUGCAUGCGCGCGGCAUUGCGCUCGGCGAGUUUGCCGAGGUCGUCGCGGGCGGCCGCCAGGGUGUCAUGGACGCCGCUGCCCGUUUCGGAUACCCGCUCAUGCUCAAGGCAAAGUGCCUGGCGUACGACGGUCGUGGCAACGCUGUCGUCAAGUCAGAGCAGGACAUUGAUGCAGCCAUCGCCUCGCUGUCCGGCGCUGCUGCUGGCGGCCUCUAUGCCGAAAAGUGGGUCCCAUUCACGCGCGAGCUUGCCGUUAUGGUGGCUCGCGGGCUCGACGGCAAGGUCGUCUCGUACCCCGCUGUCGAGACGUUCCAACGCAACAGCAUUUGCCACACGGUUGUUGCGCCCGCCCAAAUCUCGGGCGAGAUUCUUGCGCGUGCCGCCGCCGUUGCCGAAGCUGCGAUCGCCACCUUCGACGGUGCUGGUAUCUUUGGCGUCGAGCUGUUUCUGCUUGCUGACGGAACCGUUCUACUCAACGAAAUUGCCCCACGCCCUCACAACUCGGGCCACUACACAAUCGAAGCUUGCCACACUUCUCAGUUUGAGCAACACAUUCGCGCCGUGAUGGGACUGCCACUUGGCUCGCCUGCGAUGCGCGUCGGUGCAUCGGUCAUGGUGAAUGUGCUUGGCUCUGGUUCUUCCGACCAGGACUUUGAUAACACUUGGGCAUUGUGCAGCUCGUCGCUCUCACUGCCGUCGUCUACUAGCAUUCAUUGGUAUGGAAAGGAGGGCGUCCGCAACGGGCGCAAGGUUGGGCAUGUGACCAUCACUGGCCCGUUCAUGCCCGACGUCCAGGCCGCAUUGCGCGCGCUCGGCCCGUCGUUUGCAGACUCGCCCGUGCUCGAAUCCACCUUCAAACUUGCCCCAGUCGUGAGCGUGAUUAUGGGCUCUGACUCUGACUUGAAGACCAUGACGGCAGCGGCCCAGAUUUUGACGCAGUUUGGCGUGCCGUUCGAGCUGACCAUUGUCUCGGCGCACCGCACUCCGCAGCGAAUGAUGGACUUUGCCAAAACGGCACACACCCGUGGUAUCAAGGUCAUCAUUGCGGCUGCAGGCGGUGCUGCGCAUUUGCCAGGCAUGGUUGCUGCCAUCACCCCUUUGCCCGUGAUUGGCGUGCCCGUGCCCCUCAGCUACCUCGAUGGUCAAGACUCCCUGUACAGCAUCGUCCAGAUGCCCCGCGGUGUCCCAGUGGCCACCGUCGCGAUUGGCAACUCGACGAACGCCGCACUGCUCGCCGUCCGCAUUCUCUCCGUCCAAGCGCCUUCAUUGCUCGAAAAGAUGAUUCAGUACCAAGAGUCUAUGGAGCGCGAAGUCCUCGGCAAGGUGGACAAGCUUGAGCAAGUCGGUUGGUCCUCGUACACUGCCGCUGGCCACUAAAAGCUUGAGAGGUUUUGAUGAUUUUGCAGCAUGAGUACCAUACGAUUUCAAUCAGAGCGUUGAUACUGGAUUAUCAUUGAAUCAUGAAUCUUUUUUGAUAAAGCACCGUGUUCAUG